AUUUAUCACCUUUCUUGCGUAUUCGUGUUUUAAUGCACCGCAGGGGAUCGCGCCGUCGAUUGGCAACACACCGCGUUCGUGGCGCAGUGAUGGACUUUGGCCGAGCGUUGAAUGAGGAGCGCCGUCUCGGAGUGGGCGUGGGUGAGUUCGGGCUUUAUAAACGCGGAGAAUGGGCUUCAGCGCGGACCUCACUUGUUGAGUGAUCUCUGGGAGGACAGUCCGACGCGAACCCGACACGCCUAAACUCUCCGCUCGAUCGCAAAAUGACGGCGGCGCUGGUGAAAGGAUUUGUGCUGUUCGUCUGCUUGUUCUUCACAGUUGUUCAGUCCAUCACGUGCGAGGCGAACAGGAUAGAUGCGCGCAAAAAGCACGAAAACGACGUGGCGCACCACGGCUCUGCCACAACAGCAGGAGCGUGGAAUCAGGAGAAGCCGAAGAGACUCUUUGCCAGGACUCGCUAUCUGUCUCAGCAGAGACAUCAUGUGGUGAGACCUAAGCCCAGGCCUGAGGCGGUAUCUCCAGCCCAGACUCCAGCGCGGCGCUGUGCCGGUCUGAUGGAGAGCUGCUCCCCGCUCACUCCCUGCUGUGACCCAUGUGCUUCCUGCCACUGCAGGCUCUUCAACACCAUCUGUCACUGCUGGAGACUCGGACACCUCUGCCCCAAGAAGACCUAACCACCCCAGACGGCGCUUCUCAGCUGCUUUCACUUUAGCUGCGCACAUCGGACAUCAAAUGUUGUUAAGCAUACAAAAAAGUUGCUUAGUGGUUCGUUUAGAAUUCUUGUUUGAUGGUGUCUUGUCCCAAUAUUUCAACAAUUCACCAUACAAAGCGGUGAUGACUAAACUGACUCGCUCCUACCAAGGCUGUGCCAAGAUACUGCUAGGGUCUCCUUAGAUGUUCAAGGAAUAUUCCGUACAACCGGCGCGAUGUCAAUUACCGCGAAUGAUCUUUAGAGGUUUUUCUUUAAAAGCCAAUUUUUGGAAGAUUUAAAAGCUUUGAAGCUUGCGAUUUUAUAAAAGCUCCUGCAUAUCUCUUUCUGUUAAAAGCUUUGUUAUAAGAGCUGUGAAGCUGUUUAAGUCAUUUUUAUAGUCAUUUUAAGCUUCACGAAUUUACGAGUUGCGAAACUGGAAAGGGCCGUAGAGGUUAGCGAGUGACUAAAAUCAUAUAAACACACAUAUAAACACUCGUCUCCAUUUGCUCUCCGGGACAAGCGGAGAUUCGUAUUUGUGGUAAUAAACAAUGGAGUUUUUAAUAAAACAAACGGAAAGCAUUUUGGGUAUUCUUUACAAUAAGGUUUCAUUUUGUUAGCACGAGCUUACAGUGCAAAUAAUAUUUAUUCGUCUCGGUUAAUGCUCACUAAUCAGAAUCAUUUAACGUUAAUGAAACAUUACAUGAUUAAUAAAUGCUGCAACAAACUGCUCGUUAUUAGUUCAACUGUAACUAAUUGGACCUUAUUGUAAAGUGUUACCGGCUUUAUUUUUGUCUCUCGCGUUAUCAAAUAUUUGUUCAGAACAGAUCCAUAUGAGAAGCACCGUUACGUAAGACGCACAUGCAGCUGCGCACCAUCAUGAUUUAUACCUGUGCUCCUUCACGCUCUCAUACCGCUAUAUAGCGCACCACGGAUCGUGACAUUUAACCAUGCAUUGAAUGCUUAACAUCCGUACGACUCGAGUUAUUCGCACACGUUUGACACUAUUACCACUCAUCCGCCCACCGGAGAUCUUAUUAGAGUUACAUUUUUGUUAUUAUUCUCAAUAUUUUCCAACCCUUGGUAAGCAAGGGGCAUAUACCGCUUAACUCGUACAGAAUCAGCGUAACAGUGCCUGAAAAAGCUUUAAAUAAGUCAAAAUGUGAAUCUAAUGUCGUCUUCAUACUGUGAUCUUUGAAUAAUACGUUUUAAGACGCUCAUUUCUACUGUGAUGAUUCCACUGGUUUCUACACACACGAGAAAAGCAUACGUGGACGUCAUGUAGACGCUAUUGUGGAUGAAAAGCUUCUUUGAGAAAAGUUGUCAUCGUUACGCAAUAUAUUUCUAUCCACUGUCAGGUCAUAUUGACUGAAUAUUAUUGGGGGAAAAAAAGAAAAGAAAAACAUGUUCAAUGUGCUUCUUUGUAAUAAAAAUGUUUAGAUCUGCA